GACGCCUUCUCUCUUUCCUGAACAUGUUGCUCGGUUCAAAUCCAAUCUCUCUGCGUCCUUUUGGAUCAGUGGAGUUGAUGACUCAGCUUCAACUGGGGAAGUCGAGUGGGACUCUUUAGCGACAGUGCUGUCAUAGUUGCCUUCAAAAAGUCAUCUGAUUACUGAAAAGGUAAACAGCGACUUUACUGAAUAGCUGACUUUGAAAGCGGCCUCUUGCCGCGACAUAAAAAUGCUAGCCAGUUUUGUAUACGCAUUUUAGAAUUCAAAUUUGAAGCAGUGUUUUAAAUCUCACAAAAAAAAAACAACCAAAAAACUGUUUUUGGUGAAAAAUAAAUACACAAAAACGCUGGAUGUGGAGCACAGUUGUUUUACAUUUUACCACCAGAAACCAUGGGGGGCAGUGUUGCUGUUACUACCCGAUAUGUUGACAGAGGAAGAAGACAUAACAUGAUGGUAAUUCUUGCCAUAUAUUUAGUGGCCUCACCGACCACCGCCUCCUACAACGCUGCCUCCGUUUCGUCUAGAGCUAGGGUCCUUUUUGAUCUCGGGGCCCACCUUUCGCAGAGCAAAUGGACCCAGGGCCAAUGGAACUGAUUCAUGACUCUCGAAUUCAUUUGUGAUAAUAACCACAUUUAAUGUACUUAUACGUAAACAAACCAAAACCUUGUAAAGUGACAUGAAACCAUGUGAUCAUUGCAAAGAUAUGUAUUUGUCAUCGAAAAGUCCAACCAGCAGCAGAACCAGGUGCAUGUCAUAUUCAUUUACAAAUUUUACUAAAGAAAAAAAAAGAGAAAAAAUACACUUGAUGCAAACUGGAAAAAAUAAAAAACAUGGGGAAAAAAAUAAAAUAAAAAAAAAUAAAAUUCUAAAUACAAUGAAUAUGAUCAAACCAUGUCUAAAUAUCGUAAAAUAAAAGUAAUAUAUUUUAUUUAAACUCCAAAAAGUAAAGUAUAAAUGGAAGUAUCGCCAUAACAACAGUUUUUGCUGUUGGGGGCGCUAUCAAUUUAGUCAGUUCAAUGACACACUACUGCCACCAUAUGUGGCAAGUGUAUGAAAGCUGAGCGUCUCGCCGCUCUCACGGUCCGAAAGUGUCAAGCAAAGAAGACUUUUAGCAGCCCUCCAGGAGGCGCUCACGGCCCAACCAUGGACCCCAGCCCUAUGGCUAAGAAUCAGUGGUCUAGAGGUACAUUAUCAAUCCACAGUCGCCAUGUUGGUCUUGUUGUCAUAAAUUAUUGACGCUGCCCUGGUGGACAUAUUGGGCUGCAGCAAUACCAUAUUAAAGAAAAGGGAGGGUACAAUUUCAUAUAUAAAGGGAGCAUCUCUCCCCAACAUUCUAUUGUUGUGUACAUGUAUGUCACUGGCACGUGCACUGAGAUGCGAUGGAAGAGAACGACAUGACAUUUUUAUAGGGGGUAAAAGACAUAAACAGUAAUAUACAGUGACUACAAUCUGGCUUUUGAAGAAGUACUGAUACAAGAGCGACACAUGAACAUACCGUAUCAGUGGUCAAGGACGUACAGUACGUUUGCUUUACUAAUGUAACUCACCAGCUUAAUGAAAAAUCUCCCUGCCAUUAGAAUGACAUGAGUAAAUCUCCCUCAGGCGUCCAUGUGCGUAUCCAUGCGUGCAGAUGCUGAUGGUGACAUUUGAAGCUGGAAGCAAACGUGAGCUUGAGGGAUUGAUUCCAGGUCGUGACGGAUUCACAGGAAUCGAAUGACCUUAGGUGCGUAUCUGUGGGUCCGAGUCAACACCAGUGGAGAAGAAUCUGCAGCGAGUCUCGCGGCUCGGACUCGCACCGAAUAUCUACUGAGGUUAUUGAAGUGUGGCUCGGGAUGUGAAGUCUAAUGAGCCAAGUUGGUCACCACGCGUGGCGUGAACUUUUGUAACAUCAACGUUCCUCAUUAAAGAUAAUCCCCAGCAGAAAGUGUCGCUGGGCUGAUUUUAUUUCCUGCUAAUAUUUACCUGCAGGGACGAGCCCAUCGCACUGCGGCUCAUUAACCGUCGGGGAAAAAUUAAAAAAAGUCCCGCUUGAGUCGCGGUCAGUGGCUUCUGCUUCAGCAUCCAGCGAGUUGCAAAGGUCAAAUACAAUUUAAAAAUAUUAUUUCUGUCUAUUCAGCUGUAAAUAAGAUGAAAGCCAAGGACAAAAAGUAACUGCCAUGUCGCCUCUUCAGUAUAGUAUGAAUGAGAGAAUAGUUAAGAGGCAGAAAUGAAAGAGCUUUAUUUUGUUUUUAAAGAACUGUGCAAUUUUUAAUUGACAUUUGUGUAGAUAAGAAUUAUUCAUUGUUGUGUUUGAAAAAAAAAAAAAAAAAACAGGAGAAGAACCUGGAAUGAAGCGGCAAAACCCAAUUUUAUGCCGAAUAAUGGCCGGAAAAAUGAGCACUGUAUUCAGCCAUAAUCACCGAGAGAUGAGGACAAUAAAAUGCAGAUGAGGACAAUAAAACAAUGAAGCGCAUAAUAAAAGUCAGAGAGAGAAAACAAAAACAAGGAUUAAAUUGUGCAGCCGCAGCAAUUAAAGCACAUUAGAACAACAACUGUGGCGUUGAGUUGGACUGGAGCGACUGUGAACCUGCGACUGUGCAGUGAACCUGCGACUGCAGGUUUGGGAGCGAGGUGAAAUAUGCCAGGGGUUUAAAGUGCUUUAUGGUGUUAAUGCAAGCUCUCCAAAACUUCUACCGAUGUUUAAAGACCAUGUUUCAAUUUGAAAAACAGUGAAAUAUAGCGGUGAAAUAUGUGGUAACUGGAAAAGCACUACACCAAGCAACACAGUGCACCACUCAUCCUCAUGGAAAUGAAAAUGAAAAAACUAAAUCCUGGGUACAAAUGCCAGUCGAGCACAGAUGGCUAUAAUGUUCCUCAAUGUUUAAGAAUCCUUCAAAAAAAUUCCUGGAUCCAGAUGGAGAUCCGGAUCACUCCCAAAGUUUCAUCAUUUGUUCCUUGAUCUCUUUCACUUGUUUGCUGAAAAUUUCAUCCACAUGUUUCUGUAACUUGUCAGGUUAUUGUGAACUCAGACAAACCAAUGCUGUUGAAAACAUAACCUCGGCGAUGGAGGUGAAAAUCUACACUGAUUUAAAGUUCAUGAUUAAAAAUGAAGCUCCUGUUGUCAUGACUCUGCUCCUGUUUUGUCCCUUGAGUCAUGUUUUGGUUUCUUCCGCCUCCCUUCCUGUUCUUCUGGCACACGGCUGGAGCCAAUGAACCCCUAAUCACCUAAGUACUUAAGCACCUGGACUCCAGCUACAUGUGCCAGAUCGUGUCUUCUAGUUUCCUGGACUCUCUUCUUUGUGCCCACGAGAUCGUCUCCCAUUGUUUCCCUAUGGACUUCAUGGAGUUUCAGUGACGCUCCUGUGGAUCCUUGUUUGAACCACAGGACCUGAAUUGACCAACUGAAUCAUCUGCCCGUGUCACGCGCCUCAAGUUCUGCUAAAGAAUAUAGGACUAAGACGGCGAAGAGGCCUCGGAGCCCUGGGGGCCUGGCUGACUCCUUCGACGGGGUGGAUUUCUGUCUAUUUUCCGUGGAGUUCUUUCGAUGCGCUCCACUCCAGGCAAGCUGUGAAGCCACGCUUCCUUUUCUCCUCACGUCCCGUGAAGGACCGAUUUGCUGGCAGCCCAGAGAUCGUCUGAUGACUGUCGUCUCAAGGUGUUGCGUCGAGAGCGUUCUCUGCCCUGCAGUCAGGACGGACUUCUGUCAGAGGCCAUGAGAACUCGCUGGGCGAACAAUUCCCAAAAGCGCUUGACGUGGAUUUCUUAGGAUGGGAGCGGACUUGUCUGCCGUGCUGCUAGCUCGCCUGUUGUGAUUACGUUGUCUCGUUUUUUUCACGAGCUUGAACUCGGCGCUCUGGACUUUUGCUGUCCCUUUGGAUUUUAAAUCUUGGUUGCUGCACCUGCGAAGGUGUCGUCUUUACACCCACACCAUGGCCCUCCCUUUCUCCACCUGCCCGCUGCUUGUCUCCCUCCUGCUCCCGACGUUGCUGCUGCUGCCGCCGCUGCCGUCGGUGAACGCUGACUGUUGGCUGAUCGAGGGGGAUAAAGGCUACGUUUGGCUGGCUAUCUGCAGCCAAAACCAGCCUCCGUACGAGACCAUCCCUCAGCACAUCAACAGCACAGUCCAUGAUCUGAGGCUGAAUGAGAACAAAAUCAAGGCUGUGCUGCUCAAUUCCAUGUAUCGCUUCACAAACCUGACGGACCUUAACCUCACCAAGAAUGAGAUCAGCUACAUUGAGGACGGAGCCUUUUCCGGACAAGCCAACCUCCAGGUUCUCCAGCUGGGUUACAACAAGCUGACCAACCUGACCGAAGGCAUAUUGCGAGGACUGGGUCAGCUGCAGUGCCUCUUUCUUCAACACAAUCUGAUAGAGAUCAUUUCCUACAAUGCCUUCUGGGAGAACCCCAAUCUCAGCAGCUUGGACUUGUCAUCGAACAAGUUAGCCCGUCUCGACCCGGCAACAUUCAAGUCUCUCAACAGACUGAUGGUUUGUGAGUUAGCUGGGAACCCUUUCCAUUGUGUCUGCGACCUCUUCAACUUCCUCACGUGGCUGGAGGAGUUUAACAACGUCACGCACACCUACGAUCGCCUCCAGUGUGAAACUCCACGGGAGCUGAACAGCUACCCACUUUUGAGCCCGAUGCCUGGACACGGGCGAAACGCCAGAGUCAUUCUUUCAUCGAGGUGUCAAGAUGGUAUGAUAAUUCCUGGCAUAUCGUCCCCAGGUUCUGAUCUUGAUGGUUCAGGGAUGGGUUACGACAACCCAGACCAAAGUCUUUUCUACCACACCACCAUGUCGUCGACUGCCAAUCCAACGUAUAAUCAUCAGAUUUCCAUGAAGAUUCAAACCAUCUCAGUGAACGCAGUUUCUCUGCUGGUGCAUAUCCCUCAACCGUACAGUAAAAUGUACGUCCUGGCCCAGUAUAACCACACGGUUCUCAUGGCUGAAAUGCCGCUGAAGAAAAACAAAGAGUUUGUCACUGUUGACAAACUUAAGCCGCACACAAAUUACACUUUCUGCGUGGCUUCAAAAAGCAGGCCGCACCACUACAACCACACGUGUAUGUCGUUCACCACUCGUGCGGCCGGACCUGAGGAUCACCGGAGCAAUCCGUCCACUAUGACUCACUACAUCAUGACCAUUCUUGGGUGCCUUUUCGGCAUGGUCAUUGUGCUGGGAUUUGUGUACUACUGUCUCAGAAGACGGCGCAUCCAGGAAGAGAAGGAGAAGGCCAUCAGCGUGAAGAAAACAAUUCUGGAAAUGAGGUAUGGACCAGAGGCAGCUGCAGCUGUGGCGAAUGACCCGAGUGCCAUGCAGCGUCUACAAGAGCAGUCCCAUCACCCACAUCACCACGGCGGAUCUGGUGGCAAGCUUUCCCAGUCCGCCUCCUCCAGUACCGGCAUGCUUCAUGGUUCUACUAACACUACUUCCUCCCGCCUCUCGACCUUGCCACAAGUGGAAAAAAUGGCGUCUGCAUUUGGUGAAGCGGUGACGGGGAAAGGGAAUUACCUGGAUGUAAGGACUGCUGGUGUGGCGGGAGAAGUCAGGGAGGGUGGAAUGCCGGCAGGAGGGGCCAGUAUUGGAGGGGAAGUGGUCAUGGAUUUGAGAAACGGGCUUGAAAAUGGAACGGAGGCAGGGGAGGACUCCGAUGACGACGGCCGGGGUUCAGCAUCCGAGAUAUCCACCAUUGCAAAGGAAGUGGACAAGGUGAAUCAGAUCAUUAACAACUGUAUCGAUGCCCUUAAACUGGAUGCCUCUGCGAAUGCCACCGCAGCUGAGGGGGCCAGCUCUGCUCAGCCACAGGCUUGCAUGACAUCCCUACCCCGAAAUUUACUGCCUCUUUCUCCAGGAAUCUCCGGAGAUCAGGUUAUGGCCUCUUCACCAAAGGUUCACCCCAAGUCUCAUCCCCAGCCCCAAAGUCAGCCACACCCUCAGAUUCAUCCUCAACUACAUCAUCAGCCCCAUCCUCCUUCGAUGGCCCCAGUGCCCUUGGUGAUGCCCUUGUCUGAGCGGCCAGGCAUCAGUGGCGGGGGGUUCCUUUCCCCUCCGUACCGUGACCCACCGCCAGCUAAUGCAGUGCGAGGCCCUCAAAGGCAAUUGAGUGCGGACAGCGCUGUCUCGAAAAAUCGCAGUGGAGCCAAUUCUGCUGGAUCUGUCAAAAACCCGAGGGUUUAUAAUAUGGAUGUGCAUGAAAAACGAGGGGAUCCUCCAAAGUACCCGACAGAAAAGAGCAGUCCCGUGGGAUGUGACAGCGGUGGGGGAACUGGAGUAGGAAGUGGAGUUGCAGGCUGCAACGUCAAUGGCAUGAGCAAUGUAAAUGGCAGCGGCGUGAGUGUGAACGGCAGUGGCAUCAGCUGUAACGCUGGGAGUGGAGGUGGGGUGGUUGGCCCCAAUAACCAGCAGAACCACCACUUGGAGGUUCAGCCGGAUUACCACAGCUCGGAACACCGCCACUCAUUUCCCGCGCUGUACUACGAGGAUGGCAGUGACUCGCCCUUACCAACCCAAAAGGCCUCAUUCCUUAAGCCCCUGGGGCGCAGCAAGAGGGACACCACAGCUGCUUACUCCCAGCUCUCACCCUCCCGUCACCAUAGUUACAAUUCUGGAUACUCCUCCAGUCCAGAAUACUCUUCGGAAAGUACGCUGCGGAUCUGGGAGCGAUUUCGACCUUACAAGAAAAACCCAAGGGAGGAGGCGUCUUAUAUAGCGGCAGGCCACGCCCUACGCAAGAAAGUGCAAUUCGCCAAGGAUGAAGACCUUCAUGAUAUUUUGGACUACUGGAAGGGAGUUUCUGCCCAGCAGAAGCUGUAAGCAAAGGACGUCUACCGCACUGGAUGCCAACAGCAGACAAAGAGGGCAUACCUGUUGAUGUAGCACCGUUUUUUCAUCGAGUACUGGUCACUCCCAUGAUGCAUCAGACGGAUUUACCUGUUUCUUUCCAGUUCAAUUGACAGAUAAACUGUAGAUUUUUCAGGCAGCGUCCUACAAUUUGAAUGUUGGCGGCUCUCAAAUCAGUUGGCCUCCUCAUACCUGGCACUUCAGUGCUUUCAAGCCUCUGCACUUUUCUUUUCCUGAAUCUCCACUGAUCAGCAUGACAUCCACAAGUGACAAGCAAAUGUCUUCUACCUCAUUACUUGCCUGGAGUAGACAAACUAUCGCACCGUUCGCAGGCCUGGUCAUCAUUUGGAAACCCACCUCCAUUCUGCACAACACUAUUAAGUUGCCAUUCAGAAAAACAAUCUUUCCGCCUGCACCUGCUUUAGAAUGGGGGCAUCAUUUCUGGAGAUAAUGAGGGAGCAGGAUGAGAAUUGUUUCGGGAUGGUCUGAGUCUCCCACUCUGAAUGAACAUUAACUGAUACUUAUCAGGGUAAUUUAUGUUUCCUGGCAAUUAGCCUGAGGAAGGGGGAGUCGGGAGGCUUUGUGUUCAGCGUGCUUAUCGAUUGGAAGCACCUAACAACAUAUGUUCUGCGGUGUGUGGGCAUGGACACGCGGUUGAAAGUGCGGCGUGAGCGAGCGCGUGGGUGGACGACGGGUUUGAUGACUCCCAGCUCCCGGUGUGCUGGAUAAGCGGAAGGCUUAGGUGGAAUUCUUUGCAUAUUGAUAACAGCUUUACAGUCUACCACGAUGAAGCAAACGCAAAACCUCAGCACUUCGGUCAAUUUAUCAUUUAUUAGGGAAAGGAAAAGGGGGGUUCCUUUGAUAAGAGAAGCCAAGAAGAAAAAAAAAACAUUGUUACAGUCAGAAAGAAAAUACUUCCCGAGAGGUGAUUCAGGUCGGCGAGGCGGAUGUUAGAUUGCUUCUGAUGUAAGAUUAGACAUGUGCUGCAACUGCAACUUGUUUUGAACGCGCUUGCACGCUUCGGAUGAAAGGUAGCACAGUGCUGGAGGUGUAUCACUUCCAGAUAGGAGCAGCCUUUGGAAGUGUAUCAGACGCUUGUUGUGCAAGACAAACUACAUGGUUAGUGGAGGUAAGACCUGAAGAGGAAACUGCACAGGACUCAUCUUAUGCCUGUAGUAACUGCUUUUUAUUUGAAUACAGUGACAGUUGCUGUUAGUUAAGAGCCAGGAUAAUUCGGAAAAAAAUACCAGUUCACACACCCUCUACUUCCAGAGCCACAAGGCAGAAUUGAUCAUGAUGCUUGAUCCUGUUUUCAUCCAGAUGUGUUGCUUAGUCGUCAGGCCUAGAUAUAUGAAAUGUCCAAUGUAGUGACUCAACUCCCGAGUCAUGAAAGACAGCAAAAGAAAACAACUCAGCCACAGAUGGGAACCUUUUUAUGCUUGUAAUUCAUGUCCUUUCUUGAGAUUAGCAAACCCAAAAAAUGCCCAGUCUUCAAGGAGCAUUGUUGUCACUCAAACUUUGUUAGAGUUGCCAGGACAACCGCGACAAGUGGCCUGGCUGUCCAGUUGGGUCCAGUCUGACACAGAACCCUGCUGCAUGUUAAUGCAUUGGGCUUUCAAUUGACGUAUUUGUACGCGCUCCACUACAUCCUAACCUCCUUCUGAGCGCCACGUGGGACAGGAAACUUUGCGCCGUUGAAACACCCAUGCGUCGACAUGCAGCACAGGCCAACUUCUGCGUACAAAAGUCCACCUUUGUUACAUCUAGCAGGGAUUAGUGACCGGCAGGUGAGGCUUCAUGAAACAGUGUCUCUGCUGUAAAAUCUUGGGAUUUGAACCACCAUUUCAUUUAAAACUUCACAUCCAUCUUUACCCAAGAUCUUGUGCGCUCUGGAAAUAAGGAUACUGUUUCAUGAAGCUUCAUGAGCCCAUCACUAGUGGAGAUAGCAGGGAUGCACCCUGGACUGAUACCUGAACCUCCACAACAGACUUGUGGCAAUGUGAAACAGUUCUCCUGCAUCAUCUUCUCUCAAACUCCGGACCUUUUGGUCGUUCUUGUUCUCCUCAAACUUCCCAGCUAAAAUGGAGAACGAUGAAGGUACAUUAAACCAUGAACUUGGUUUCUUUGCUCUUUUAAGGAAGAUGGUUUUCAAUAUGAUUAUCAGGCGUGCAGUAGUCCGUGUAGUAUCACGUGUGAGCCAGAUAUGAAUCUUUUUAAAAUCUAAAACUGCUUUCAAACCACUUGUUUUAGAUUAGAUUGGAACCAUUUACGGAGAAAUUUUCUUUAACUUUGAGUUUAGCUCUGCCUUCAAAGCACCAUAGGAUGGGAAGCACAAACCCUUAUUACACGAGUGAAUGACAUCAAUUGCUUCAGUUCCUUCCUGUAAGCCAAGAUCUUCAAGGUUCAGCGCCUGAGAUGAGGUAAAAUCACUUGCAAAACUUGCGUUGACUGAAGUCGUAGUGUCAUGUCAUAGUGUGUUCUCAACUUGUUAUCCUCAUUCCUUCAACGGAACACAGCCUGCGUUGCGCUCACUUUCAGUUGAGCUCCUGCUUCCUCCUUUGCCUCUUAGUUUCUCGAAGACAAUCAGAAUUUGAAGACCAACAAUCAUCACCAUCUUCAUCACAACCAGGCCAACUUGUGAUUCACCAAAUGUCUUCUCCUGGAGUGUAAAUGGUUAUUUUGAUGAUGACGUAUUGGAACAUAAGAACAUUGCGACAGGGUGGAACGGCGUCAGCCGUGGAGCCGAACUGGACUGUGUCAACGCCGUCUGCUGUUGAGACUGAAUUUUAUACUCUCUUGUGGGACUCAAGGAGGACUGACUCGCGGUGGAACUCAAGAGGACUUCAGAGAAACAGGACGUCCUUUGAGAAAGAAAAAACACAACAAAACUGGAGUAGAUUCUACCGGUGGUCAACUGUGACAAACACACGACAAGAACACACACAACUCAAAUGUAGAGAAUCAAUGAAUAUAAUGUAUGUGUUUGAAUAGAGUAGAGUUAAACUAUAUGAACUUGAAAUGUGAGACUACACACAGCUUAUACUCUUCUCACACAAGCAUACACACACUUGCCAACAACACAGACUUGAUAUUUGUAUUCACGUUUACAGACAAAACUGGUCUUAAAGUGCCAAAACAGUCGUUUUUACGUGGCGGUGGAGGAGAGGAACCAAACAUGAGUGGAAAUGAACUGGACAGAAAGUGGCUUUUUCUUGUUGUGUACGCGUUUCUGUGUGUUCUGUUUGGAAUCAAUGUUAUACUUGUCACGAGCUCAAAUGUUGCACCUGCUGGCCACACACUUGCAGUGCCAUUCUUCUGUUUGAGGUUCACAUGUCCCUCUGAUCUGUCUUUCCUGAAUUAACAGACUUAGAAUAUGCUUUAACUUUAUCUCACCUUGCAUGUCAAACAGUGGUUUUUAUGGCGAAGAUGGUGUCAGUCCUUCAAGUUCCGUGUCGGAUAAGCGCUGCGUUUCAGUCCCUGAAACUUUCAAAACUUGGUCCCAGAGUGGUUCGAUUUGAAAACAGGGUUUUUCAUGUUAACACAGUGUUGUGUGUUCUAAUCUCAACUGUCAGUUGUCAUGACUUUUGUAUGUGUUGGCAAACAGUUGAGGCAGUUGAACUCCUCUUUUCAUAAAUCACAAUCUAACAAAAUAUUUAUAUAAUUACACCUACAUUCAUUUAAAAUCAAAAUAAGUAUAACAAGAAAGUCAAGAGCGUCACUUUGUUUUUUUGGAGUUGAGGGAGACAAUGUUUAUAAUGACUGUUGAAGCAUCUGCGACACAGACUUAUUACAUUUGAAGUGAAAUCUUAUCUAAAUCCUUUAGUGACACUUUCUGACCGCUCGAGGCCACCGUCGAUCCGAGUACUUGCGCUAUCUGCUUGAACAGCUUCGGUUUAUCCUGAACCGACUGUGUUUAUGGGUCACUUUUUUUCAAGGUGGCAUGUGAAAGGAGGAGCAAAGAACAAUUUCUUCUUCUUCUUGUACGUUGCAUUCAAUAGUAAUGAAUGAAUCACGACUCAUCACAGUUGAAUAUUUGAUCCCAGAAUGAUGAAACUGAAGAGGAAGUUGUACGCACAAACACCAGGGAGGAAGCGCUUCAGCGAUGAGCGCAAUCUUUGCGGUAAUAACUCCGAGGGAUGCGGUUGUUGCUUUGAUGCCUCGGGUUCACAGGAAAAGCACCUUCGUCGUAAUGUAGUCCCAGGCUUCUUCGUGCUUUGUGUGCGCACGUGUGUCGAAGCCUGUUCCUGUAUGUCGUCUCCUUUAACUGAGCUGCCGCGCUUCAGUGUGCUUGAGUGAGUUCUCUGCUUGAGAAUGGCAGUUUAAUGAUUCAGCUGUGUGGCGCGCGCGCAGGAUUUUGUUUUCCCGCCAGUCGAGAGGGAAAUGGCUGUCACCGGAGAGAUGGCUGAGACUAUCUGAAACAUUUUUAAUUAAUCUGCCUUCUCAGUCUGCGCCGCCUUUCAUUGAGGCCCAGCGCGUUCUCCCUCUCGCGCUCCCUCACUCUGAGACUCCGUUUCUUGAACGCCAGUCAAAAGCACGUCACGAUGACAUGAUCAAAAUGCACAGCAUCAUUAGACACACACACACGUGUGUUACUGCUAUCAGCUCAGCGUCGCACAAGGCUUCCCUGAGAAGGCUGGGACGGAGGAGCGCUAAGUCACAAGCUGGUUUUUGUGAGGUUUACACAGCCACGACCAUGUUAGCGGACCUUCCUCCUGCAAGGGCAACCAGUAAGUCCAACUACAAAGACGCACGUUUUUGGGUGAUAAGACUUGUCAUUUAUCCAUCCUAACUCAAAAAUAAAUAAAAAUAAAUUGUUUCCUACUGUUGAAAUCGCACCCGACCCAACUGUGCCUGCUAGUUGGCAGAGUUGCCAGCGAUCACACGGUUCUGUGAGGGAGGGAUACGUUUCAGUUAUGGUUCAUCAGACACAUCAUUUUGGCGACCCUGACUGAAGCUAAUGGCUAACUGAGGUAGCAUAUAUGCUGUACAAUGAUACCAAAUUCAUUAUGAAACUAUGUUACCGUCCUCAGUCCACAUCCGAACCCCAACCAUAGACUCAUGAAAGGGACGGUUACAGCGUUUUGAACAAGGGGGCGCUCAAAGAAUAAGCUAUAGAAAAGGUAAACCGACUGACUGCACAGUGUAUACAUCAUUCAUUUUCUACAGCAGCUUGUUUUUCAAGUCUGACCCGUAUUUUUUGAAGCCUUUUAUUUCAGUUUUUCUCGGCGAGAGACAUUGUCGUGACUGCUCGUAACGCUAGUGACUAUGUCUAUAUUAGCGUUUCAUUUUUCGUUUGUGUCACCUGCUUUCUGCUUUGUUUUCCACUCUGUUCACCUCUUUUUUUUCUCCUCCUUCAUGUUUGUUCCAGUGUAUGUCUCCUGCCAGGACGUGGCAUAACUGUAGGCGGCAGGGUAAUGAGAAGCUGAAGCCCUCCUUAACCAACCACCAUCCCAAAAAUAACAACAACAGCAACCCGUCUCUGCUGCUCUGAAGCAAUCCAUGACGGUCGUAGUGUUGACAUGAGAAGUUCUGUGGCAUACGGUGGCGUCUGCUGCCUGCCGUUCCUCUGCCUUGCUCCGUUUAUUUGCAAAGGUGGAGCUUUAUCAAGACCUCAGUUCCGCCUGGUGUUUCCAUAGGUGAAUUCUCUGUUUGAGUAUACGCAAAGGGAUGUUUCUAGAUUCUAUAUUUCUUUGUAAACAGAGUCUUAUAAAGCAGGAGGUUAAAGAAACUAGAUACAACAGGAAGCAGGAACAGAAAAUAAAAGCAUGCAGGAAACAGCUGUUGUAGAGGAUAUUACUGUGUAGAUAAUGGAUUGUGUAGGUGAAAUGGAAAUCACUUAGGUUAAAAUAUUAUUAUCCUUAUUAUUACAGUUUAUGCCUGUAGGUUAAAGGGACAGGUGUGACAGGAAAUGCCAAGUGAUGAAGAAAAGAAAAGCAUUUUAGAGCAUUUUAAAUGAGACACAAUAUAGGAAUUUUACACUUAAUGGUUUGCAUCCAAAAAUAGGCUGAAAUAUUUGCAAUAAACAUGAUGAGACAACUGCAAGAACUGCAUUUAAAAUGGCAAAUUAUGAAUCUUAUAAAUAGGAGUUUGUCAAGGAUCCUAAAGUCCCCUCUGAGGAGCCAUUAGCUCCGCUUCCGCCCACGUGGCCGGAUCUCCGGAAAGUGGCUUAGUUUCUAUUAGCCCCAGCAGGUUCCGUUUUUUUUCCUUGAACAUCGCUUAGCUGAAAACUGGCUUGGUAAUUGCAAAAUUUAGUUCAUAAUCAUAAAAGAUGGUGGCUCCCUGGAGUUGAGUCCAAGUGAGUGGGGCUGCUGGAGGGGGUGGUGACGGGACACUUCGGUUGUGCCUCAAUAUUGGUGAGAGGAGCUGAUUUACCAAGGGACAGAAUGUGUUUAGAGAGAAAAGAGGAGCUGAUUUAGAACACAGGAUGGUGGGCUGGAAUGUCUUUUCAUUCUCAGAGGAACGUGGCAGUAGAAUGACAGAAGGUUUAAAGACUUGGUUUGAGCCGCUGGAGAAUUGACCUCAGACCUUCCAGCAGACCUGUGGGACUCACGGUGUCAUGAAACCCACCUGCCAGCACAUAAAGUAACAGGACUCCGUCGUUGAAACCUGUAGGAUUCAGCCGUUACCCCGGUCGUAGUGAGUUAAAGUUAAGGUACAUGUUUUGGCUUGAUUUACAUUUUCUAUUUCAUCCAAAGGUUGCGACGACCCUGUCAGGCGCUGAACCUCUCCGACACUGUCCCUCACCACAUAUUGUCAGUCACCUUCUGUCGUACGGGUCAGUCUGGUGGACCGCUGCCUGUGGUGUCACCACUGUAGGAGGGGAAACAUUUGACUCAAAGUUAAGGUACAUGUUUUGGCUUGAUUUACAUUUUCUAUUUCAUCCAAAGGUUGCGACGACCCUGUCAGGCGCUGAACCUCUCCGACACUGUCCCUCACCACAUAUUGUCAGUCACCUUCUGUCACGCACUUAUUUAUAUCUAAAUUCUAUGGAAACAAAAAGCUGGGAACAAGACACUUUGGUGACUUUAGCUGAAGGUUCAUCUUCCCUCUCCCUCGUGUCCAUCUUGUUUCCCUGUGUUGCUGCUGAAAUGAUAGUGUUCCAGCAGGUUUAUCAGUGUGCGGCAGUUCAGCAGCGCUAACAACAAAAUGGACUGGUAGAGUUUGGCUGUGACUGAAAACACAGUGCCUGUCAUUACUUGUGAUUAGGACUCAUCUAUUCAGCGCAGGCUCUGUGUGUUUGAGGCUUCCGUGCUGUGACUCUACAUAAUGUUGAUGCCCUGUUUGUGCUGACAUGCUCGGCAUUGUUUGAACAGCCAACGUAUUGGUGUCUCCUGUUCAAUACACUGUGAGACUCGCACAGUGGGGUGGUCUCCGCUGACCGAUCCAUUCGUCUGGUCCAGAAAUGCACAGGAUAGAUUCAACAGAAAAUCUAACACUGUAUGAACGAUUGGAAGCACUCGCCAGCCGGUUGUAGCUUUUCUAAUUGGAGGACAUGAAAUAUAAUAUCAAAAAGUGUUUUUAUAGGUGGCUGUAUUUGUGUAUUUAUGGGUUCAGUGAGUUUAGCAAGGUUAGAACCACUGCAGAUUCUCGACCAGUUUGGAUUCCUGCUGUAGAAAGGAUGCAGUGAAAUUCAGGGCCGAACAGGGCCGCUCUCUGGGAACAGACAAGUGUUUUCAUGUUGGUACUCAACAGUUACGCAGUGAGGGAUGGGUGUGUCUCGGAGGGAUGAGGAUCUAAAGUGGAGGACCCUGCUGGGAAGUGCAGAAAGUAAGAAGAGGUAUGGAUCAGUCGCUUUGAAAUCAUUCCCAACUUAUGCAAUCCCUCUGGAACAGACCCUCGGUUCGGAUUGUUGUCUUUGUGAGCCCGUUCUUCAGGUCCAGACCUGUCACUGUCACUGCAAUGGUCGAGGGGUCAUGAAGCCAUCAUGUUCUCACUCAACAAAUUGAUGGUUGAUGGUGAUGGUGAUAUCAGUAAGCUGGGUUUCAAUGCUUGUAAUGUUGCUUGGUAUAUGUAGCACCUUAUGCAACCAUGACUUUGACUCGCGUUGCUGCUCAGUGACAUCAAGUUGUGUGGUAAGAUUGUACGGGUCAGUCCGGUGGACCGCUGCCUGUGGUGUCACCACUGUAGGAGGGGAAACAUUUGACUCAUUUGAAAGUCACCUGAGAUGAAAGUUCCCUUUAAUAUGUUUCGUCUUAGCAGUGCAAACAGGCUGGUGAAACAGCCAGGAUGUUGGUCAGACCUUGCACUACUGAGACCGUGGUUCUCAGGUGGAGCAUUUGCACUGGGUGAUCUUCUCUAGUGAGGGAUCUACCUGCAGUGUUUUUCGUCAUGAGGACCACUGGGGUUCCUCCAGGACAGACCGAGUUGGGGUGGGUGGCUUGUUCUGUAUCCUCUAGGAAGACUUCCCACUGGGAUGUUUCCGACAUUCUCACCGGAAGGAUGACCCCAGGCAGCUGUCUUCUUGUUUGCCCUGAAGAGUCCUCAGUAUUCUUUAGGUUUCCUCUAAAGAAUCCAGCACAGCUUCUUGAGAGUGAAACAGGGCAAGGCUGCCGUCUCUGCAUUAACCAGGUGUUUGGUAUUCCCGACCACACGCACACGCGCCUCUCCUGUGCCGGAACAUUUGCAGCUCUAUUACAACAGCCCGUUCCUCCGCCUUUGCUUUUAAGCAAACACAAAUCAAGGUCGCACGCUGAGCCAAAAAUAUGCUGCUGAUAUCUUUUUAUCUCCCCUGACAAUGAUGAAAGUCACGGUUUCAUAUGAAUAUAUGUGACAAAGCAGCUUUCUGUGUGGGGGGGGGAAACAAUCCCACUAAUACAUUAGCAAAUUAAGGAUUGGAGCACGCGCUGACGUCAAGUCCUCAGAAGUCAGAAUGGUUUCCUCAGUUUCUGGAAAUGAGAAGCUUAUCACUUAUGCCGUUCAUAUUCUUGCAAAAAAAAUCCACAAUAAAUGAUUUAAUGUGGAUUAAUGCUGGGAAAGAUUGUUGACAGUCUUUUAAGUUUAUAACAAAAUAUCGUGCUUAAGUUGUUCAUGGAGUUAAAGAGUCAAACGGUAAACUAUUGUUAUCUGCCCUUCAGGAGAAGCCGAGGUAGCUCGAGUCCAAACACACAUUACAGACUCCCUCCAGGAGAUGGCGAUGUUACAGUCGCAGCUACUGAAGCAAGGCCAACCAGUCCCACUUCUGCAAGGCGCUGCCACUUUGUCCAAUCACGCGACUUUCCCGACAACUCCACCUGUCAUGUUAGUCUCCUUUCGUCCACCCCUCUACGUAGCAUGGGCAUCAUCAUAUUUCCUCCCUCCGUGGUGAGAUGAAGUUCCCGCAAAUGUGGCUGCCAAAUGAUUCAGACUUGAACGAUUGUGAAUCCAUUCAUAAAUGUCCAGAUUCCCAUGAUAGAAAUGUAGAACUCACUGUUGCAGCGUCACCCAAACAUUAUAUGGGACGGACGUAAACAAACAUGGCUGACCACCAGACCCAUCUCCCUCCUGGCUGUUUCUGACCCUCUGACAUCCCGACCGUGAGGAACGUAUCUGCAGCUACUGUUUCAACUGACUUUACUGAGCCGCUGAACACCUCCGCUCACAAACACACAUGAAUCACUGUUCUUCUAGUCACUAUUGAUCGGUGAAGAUGAAUCUGUAUUGACCUCAUAAAAGAUGUUUAUGAACCACAGACCUUUUUUUUCAUUCAUUUUAUUCAUCAGUGAAUUUUAUUUACUUCCUGUAUGGAUGCCCCAAUAUUCAGACGAAACAUGACUGCGACAACGUGGUGGAUAUUGUGGAUAUUAUGAAAUGAACUGCAAAAAAAAGGAAGAAAAAUUCUAUGAGCUCACUGUCAUGUUGUGAGGUCAUCACCAAGCAGCAAAACACGUGUUUAUAGUGAAUCUCAUCGGUAUCACAAUAGAUAUUUUCACCUCAAGUGAGCCUCAGCUUUGCUUGUUUUUGCCUCAUAUUUGACAAACCGAAGAGUCAAAUCCACUCUAAAUGGCAUUGUUCCCUCCAGCGUGGACGGAAUGGUUAGAAUUCCCGGGAGUUUGCUGGCAGACCUCAAGUCUGCCGUUUCUCACGGUGCUGAAUAUCCUCUCAUAUCAAUGUGGACGGCCAACAAUAGUCCAUUAGACAUUUGCUGGACAAGACAAUGAACUCAUUUCCCUGCACUGAGCUCUGGCUUUUAAUCACAAAAUUGGAAAAAUAUCACCAAGCUACUUUUCUAAAGUCACAAUUAACUGCCUUCCACCUUCUUUCCUGCUUGCUCGACUUCCUUUCCACCACAAAAACGUUGAAUUAUACCAGGAAAUGACCUCGGUAUGAGGCAAAGUUUUCCUGAUGUAGAUCAGCUUUCUCUGAAUGAAUGGUUGAGACGUGCAGCUCGAGUCUUCUUCUGAAUCGACAGUGGAUCAUUUGGUUUAAAAAGAUCGCCGCCUGAAGGAAGCAGGUGACGCAGCAGCUUGUAGCGUUCGAUUCGUUCGAUUCAUAUGAAUAUAUGCGAUAAAGCAUCUGUCUGUGGGGGGAACAAGCCCACAAACACAUGAGCAAAUGGAUGAUGACGUCACGUCCUCAGAAGUCAGUUUCCUCAGUUUGACUUGAAAACGUUUGUGAUGUGAGCUACUUCCAUCUGACUCACGACAACAGUUAGGUAUUUAUUUUCAGAGAAUGUGGAUGUGGAUUUUUCCACAGAUUGAGCUACAUAUCGAUUCACACAUUAUAGUCUUUUCUUUUUUCUUCCUUUCCUGCUUCAAAGAUAAAUUUAAUGGUUUGAUUCUGAACCUCUCAUAUCCAAUAUUUUUCCUUUCCGUCUACAAAUAAAGUGUGUGAUAAACUCUGAUUUGAGAAAUACCAGACCACACUGGAUCACUGAAAACAGUGUAGUACACAUGCCCGGCCUGUAGGUGGUGCUGCAACACUCGGCAGAAAGACCGUGAGUUAAUAUUUCCAACUGGUGUUACAUCACUAGUCGGUAGUUGUUUGUGUGUUUUGAAGACUUUUAGUUAUCCAGACAAAACCUGUGUUUUCAAAUCUAUCCACUCUGGUAUCGCCGCGUUGGGUGGGUAAAUGUUUUGCUAGGAGAGUUGUCUUCACCCAGCUGACCUGAAUCCGAUCUACACCUCUUGCGUUUGGGUAUUUUGAGCUCAGACAUCAAGUCUUCGGGCCCCUGUUGCUGAUGUGUUUCAUAAGAUUCCAGAAUUCAUUUUUACUUUUCCAAAAUGUAUCAUUGCGUCCCUCAACAACAUGUGAAGUUCAAACACUGUUUACCGAUGAAAUGAAGACUACUGAACACCCACGUGAACUGCAAACUCACACUGGGUCCGUGACUGGACGUGAACUCCAGAACCCGAUCUCAUUCAGAUCAGAGGCGCAUGCGACUCUCGCGACCUGCAUGAAGACGAGUCCAUCUCAACAUCGUCGGCGUCUUCUGUGUGGACUGCUGUCCUGACUCAUCGUCGGCAGCCGUAGCUCUUUUCUAUCCAGCCUACUUUUUAUCGUUCAUUUCAACGUCGUCCGGUUGGUUUGACCCGCGACGCGUGUGACUUCACAGCCGUUUGGUUGCCUAUGACGACGGUGUUGUGUGUGCGGAGGAACGUCAACACCAUGAAAAUCUGUGAAUUUUGUACAAACUAUAGGAACAAAUGACUGUUUUUCUACAAAGCUUGUUAUCUAUAUAUGUUUCUUUGCGUCAGGCGA